CUUCCUUCUCUCGAAACAAUGUCCCGAUUGCUCUCCAAAAUCGUAAUCCCCCGCGGUAGAUUCCUCCCCCUUCGUUUCCCGGCUCCGGCGCCGGCGAGCGAGGCUUUCUUCCGCCGUCGUUUCUCGUCGGAGCCCCAAUUCGUCGAGAUCGACCUAGAUUCUUCAUCGUCGUCUUCGCAGGCGGAGGCAAGAGCCGAGUUCAUCAAGGAGCUCAACGACAUGGUUCGGAGGCUCAUCGUGCACAAGUCGACUCCCGAUUGGCUCCCGUUCAUCCCCGGCUCGUCGUUCUGGGUCCCGCCGUCUCGCAAAACCACCUCGGAGAUCGUCGAUUUGGUCGACAAGGUGACGAAUCGGUUGUCGGAGGAAGAAUCCCUCUCGGUCAUGUCUCUUCGUGGCUGGCCUAGAUCAUCGUUCUUCAUUCCUUCAGAUGAUUCUGCUCCCACGGAAGAGGUAGAAGCUGAUACAGGGUUUAAAAUUGCUGAGAAUGAGGUGCUAGAGGUGAAGAUCGAGCUCCUUCCGAAUUCCGAUGAUGAAUCUUAACCCGGAGAAGAAGAAAAGUGAUAAACUUUUCCAAGUAUACGGCAGAUGCAGGUAAGAUUAGCGAGAACUGAAGGGUUUGAUGCGUGGUGACAUCAGUUCGGACAGGUAUUGGCAAAGUUAAACUGGUUUGUUGUCUUUGUGUAAAAAUAAAUCGGAUUUGUUCGUAUCAUGCAUGUGCUCGUAGGCAAAGUUCAGGACUUUUUUCCAUUGGUUAACGAGUUUAAUCUUCUUUUUUGUUAUAAUUUUGUCUUGUGGAAUCAGUACUUACAGUCCAUAAUGAUCGGCGGUAUCAAAUGGAGGAUCAAUAUGGUGGAGUUCAACAUCGGAUCCUUCAUAGAAUCAUCUCCCAUUCCUCUUCUGCUGUGUCAAAAUCUCCUGUUUCCAGUCCCGGGAUUCGGUAUCGCAUUCUGUUUUUCUCCUCUAUAACGAAUAAACCCAAUUUUGGAAACUCGAAGAAUCGGAGAUUAAAAGAACGAUCGGAUCAUUCCAGCUUCAACAACACAUUUCAAUUCGAUAUGUUAAUGUUACAAAACAAACAGAUUGGAGAUUGUUCUUCAUCACUACAUUUUAUUCAAUCACACAUGAAAUUCUCUC